UAUUUAGAUUAUAAUACAUAUAUUUAUUAUAACUCGGAAAAGUUAUUAGAACGUAGUAUAAAUUUUAAUGAUAUAACAUCAGUUAAUUAAAUUACGAUGGCUUUAGCAAUAGUUUUAAAAAAUGCAGCUAGAAUACAAGCUACCCCAAAAAUUUUAAAAGUAAAUUUUACACAAUUCGUGAACGGUGCUGAUAAACGAUCUAAAUUGUUGUUAAAAGUUAGAGAAUUUGUUCCUAAAAGGAACAUGUCUGCAGAUCACAGCAAAUUAUGGCCGAUUGAAAGAGCCCUUUCGAUCGCCCUUAUCGGUAUCACCCCCUGGGCGAUUUUAUCUCCAAGUAGAGGGCUCGACGAUGUACUAGCGAUUAGUACAGUGAUACACUUCCAUUGGGGUUUGGAAGCUACAAUUGUGGAUUAUGUUAGGCCCAUUUUAGUGGGGCCUGUUGUUCCUAAAGCUGCCAUGGGUUUAUUAUAUGUGCUUUCUAUAUCGACUUUGGGAGGUCUUUUGUAUUAUAAUCACCAUAAUAUUGGUAUUGGAUCGACUAUUCAAAAUUUUUGGGCCAUUAAGUCAAAAAAAUAAAUAAAUAAAAGUUUCGUCAUUAAAAAAUAAUCAUCAAUGUGUUUUUAUUUAUUAAUAAAUUUUAUCUGUAGAAAAGAUCGUUAAAAUAAAUUUUUAUUUGUUGAAA